CGGCGGAAGAUGGAGCCGCAAAUUCACCUUUACUAACACUUGAUAGACUUCUAUGGGGCUUUUUGUGAGAGCAGCGGGAAUUCAUUUAUCAAGAAAGCAAUUUUCCAGGCUGAUAAUUACUGAGGUUGACUCAAAAAUGCACAAAGGAGGUGGCCAUGGUAAAAGAGGUAGAGGUGGACAUCACCCGUCUGGUCUGACAGGAAAACAGAUUGGCUUGUGGUAUAGAAAUAGAGGAAAACAGAAGAGGGAACAGAAACAGCGUGCAUUUAUUACAAUGGACAGUCACCAUGAAAAGAGAAUAAGUCAGCUGCUUGGAGAAAUCAGACAAAGUGAAAGAAGCAACGGUGACAGAGCAGAGGAAGGAGCAUCAGCUGGCCCAGACUGGCACGAUGCUCUUACAGAAGAACAGUACAAUGAACAACAUCUGCAAGAUGAGCUAGACAAUGUGGAUCAAGAUCAGGCAAAGGCAUCUGGUGAGAACAGAAAAACAAGGCAAUUAGCUUCCAAGCAUCAUUUUAAUAUGGGCAGGUGUUUGCAGCCAGAUUCCAUGUUAGAUCAUCAGUUAAGAGAAGAACAGCAAAGAAGGUUCUCAUCAGAAAGUUCAAGAUUUAAGGCCAUGCAGGAAUUCCGUAAAAGUUUGCCAGCUUAUGCACAGAAAGAGGAAUUACUUCAACUCUUAAACUCAGAGCAGGUCAUUGUUAUCAGUGGGGAGACAGGAUGUGGAAAAACAACUCAGGUUGCCCAGUUUAUCUUGGAUGAUGCUAUUGACAAAGGCUAUGGAUCAACGUGCCGAGUUGUUUGUACUCAGCCCAGGAGAAUAAGUACUAUCUCUGUGGCAGAAAGAGUUGCAUCAGAAAGAGGUGAAAAUUGUGGUGAAAAUGGAAGUGUUGGUUACCAGAUAAGACUGGAAAGCAAGCUUCCACGAGAGCAAGGCUCUAUUCUCUAUUGUACAACAGGAGUGCUGCUCAGAUGGCUGGUGUCUGAUCCAUUGCUUCUUGGUUGCAGUCACAUCAUUCUUGAUGAGAUUCAUGAAAGGGAUAUUUUAUCAGAUUUCCUGAUCAUUAUUGUCAAAGAUCUUUUAUCAAAAAGGCCAGAUUUAAAACUGAUCCUCAUGAGUGCAACUUUGAAUUCAGAGAUGUUCUCGGCAUAUUUUGAUAAUUGCAAAAUGGCUGAUAUUCCUGGUUUCACCCACCCUGUUCAGGAGGUUUACCUUGAGGAAAUAAUUGAAAAAACAGGGUAUGAAGUUGCAGAAAAAGCUGGUGUCUCUGGUAGAAGAGACAGACCAGAACCAAAAUGGAAAAAGUACAGGAGGGGUAAAAGUGAGGCAAAAGACAGACGGCUAGAGAAAAGCAAUGCAUGGUUGACAGACAGUCAGGAGUCUGAAAAACAGAUGGAGUGGGAGCAGUAUCUCAAUUCACUUACAGGAAGAUUUUCUUUUAAAACAAUCACAACCCUUCGAAACAUGGAUUUGGAAAAAAUCGACUUCGAACUUCUUGUCCGACUGAUAACUCACAUCUCACUUCAAAUGGAGAAGGGAGCUAUACUCGUUUUUCUACCUGGCUGGGAUGAUAUUAGUAAACUUCACGACAGGUUGAAAAGCCAAACGCUUUUUAAUUCAGAUAAAUUCCUUAUCAUUCCUUUACACUCUAUGAUGCCGUCAACAAACCAACGAGAGGUAUUUGACCGCCCACCCGAAGGUGUCAGGAAGAUAGUAAUUGCCACGAAUAUUGCUGAAACAAGUAUCACAAUUGAUGAUGUGGUGUUUGUUGUGGAUGCUGGCAAGGUGAAAGAAAAGACGUAUGAUAUGUUCCACAAAGUAGCCUGUUUACAGCCUGUAUGGAUCAGUAAAGCCUCCUCGAGACAAAGACGUGGUCGAGCUGGAAGAGUACAGCCUGGAUACUGCUUUCAUUUGUUCACACAAUUCCGUGCCCAGUCCCUUGACGACUAUCAGCUGCCAGAGAUGCUUCGGACACCUCUUGAGGAAUUGUGCCUGCAGAUUAAGAUUCUUAAACUGGGUAUGAUCCGACCUUUUCUGUCCAGAGCAUUGCAGCCUCCAGAGGAACAAGCGGUCACCAAUGCUUUAGAAGAUCUUCAUCAGCUUAAAGCACUGGACGCGAAUGAAGAUUUAACUCCCCUUGGUCAUCAUUUGGCCGCUUUACCAGUCAAUCCCAGAGUGGGCAAGAUCAUUUUGUUUGGUGCUAUAUUCUCGUGUUUAGAUCCAGUUCUAACUGUGGCGUCUGUUUUGGGAUUCAAGGAUCCUUUUGUAUUUCCUUUGGGAAAACAAAAAGAAGCCGAGCAAGCCCGCUCUAGGUUUGCUGGGGACACUCGCAGUGACCAUCUUGCCCUAUUGAACGCUUUUCAGGGUUGGGAGACUUCUGUUCGUAAAGGGAAUGAACGAAAUUACUGCUGGAGAAAUUUCCUAUCGGUGAACACGAUGAGGAUGAUUAAAGAUAUGAAACAACAGUUCUCCGGAUUACUUUAUGACAUUGGUUUCCUAGAUUUAGCCGACUCAAGGGCCCCUUCCGCUAAUUACAAUUCAGAGAAUUUAAAACUUGUGAAAGCCAUACUUUGCGCCGGGUUAUAUCCAAAUGUUGCUAGCAUCAACCACCAUCCUAAGUUUCUAAGGCCCCCAAAGCUUCGAACUCAUCAAGAUGGUAUUGUUUAUUUGCAUCCCAAAUCAGUGAACGCUGAAGUCAGAGUUUAUGAAGAUAACUGGUUGAUUUAUCACGAAAAGAUGAAAUCCACCUCUCUCUUCCUGUAUGACAGCACUAUGAUAGCACCCUUUCCUCUCCUCUUCUUUGGCGGUGAAAUUUCUGUGUUUGUAGAAGAGGGCUACGAAACAGUCGCUAUCGACGAUUUCAUCAAAUUCAAGUCUCCAAACAGAAUUGCGAAUUUAGUCAAGGAGUUACGAGUCGAACUGGACAAACUGCUUAGACAGAAAAUCGCUCAGCCGGAUAUGAAGCUAAGCGUGGGGACUGGGACGGGUAACAGGGAAAGUGCUCUGCUGCGAGCAAUAAUUGACUUGAUCACCAGCGAGGAGAAUACAAACUGGAGAAAACAAAGAGCUCUUGCAGGAGAAGAAGGAAGGACUUAAAAGAGUACUUAAUAUUCCUGGAGAGGAUUUCUACGGAAUUGGACACAGUUCAAUAUAACAAUGUUUCUUUAAGAUGCUGAAAGAUGAAGCAUAUUGAGAAAAAAAACCUUCUUAGUUGGAGAUUACGGAGAAGGGUCCUUCCUGACUCACCCCACGGCGGUUCUUCAUCGAAAAAGAUCAAAUACAUUGACUUAUUUAAGAACAGUUAUUUAAUCGCUCACCUUUAACAAGUGAUAAUCCUCGUUUCUUCCGUUAAAUGUGUAUAACUUUAAAUGAAAAGUCGCUUUAUCCUUCAAGUCAUUUAAUUUACUGGUUGGAUCGGUUCAGGAGACGAGUAAUAAGCGACUACUCGUGAUGCUGCCUUGAUUUGAUACUAUGCAAGGCUGAUGUAUUUUGUAUUGUUUACGGCCAACAUCUUUUAUCAUAGGACUCUGGUCGAAAUUUGAGAUCUGUCCACUAAUGCAAUCAGUAACAAAAAUGGCGAAAUUUCGUUAAUAUGGUCAAAUCCACCAAGCUAAUUUCGCUUUGACGAAUUUGACUAAAAUUCAUCAAAAUUGUCAAUUCCCCCAAGCUGAUUUUGUCACUGCGUGCAUUUCUGGACAAAUAGCUAAAUUUUUUAUACGAUUUCUCAGGAUCGUCAUCGCAAAUUGAUUUAAUUAAAUUUGUUGUUAUUCUUAAACAUGUUACCAAAAGGACGUAAAGACAGCAGAGUGAC